AUCCUAUCAUUUCGAGCUAGCUAGAUAGCUACUUGCCUUCAUUUGUGAUCCACUAAUUCUUUUCUUGUUAAUUCACUUAAUUGGAUGGAAAUGGAGAAGAAACAAAUGGAAAUGACAAUGGGAAACGGCAAUGGUGCAGCGGCUGAAGCUCAACCGCAACCGCAACCUCAACCUCAAAGUCACGUCCUGGUAUUCCCCUUUCCUGUUCAGGGUCACAUGAACCCAAUGGUCCAAUUCGCCAAGCGCCUCGUCUCCAAGGGUCUCAAGGUCACAGUAGUCACUACCAUCUCUGCUAUGCACCGGUUCCAAGCAGCACCCGAACGACUAAACUCUUUCGGAUUCGACCUCGAACUAAUUUCCGACGGCUCCGAAUUUGUUCAUACACCCGAAUCCAUUGACGAAUCCACUGAGCGUUUCACAAGGGUGACAACACAGACUUUAGCCGACCUCAUCACCAGGAUCAAGAACAAGAGCAAGAGCAAGAAAAAGAAUGGUACCAGUACUCCUCAUAGCGAUGAUCAUGAUGAUGAUGCCAGCAGCAGCUACCCGGAACUGAAAUUCUUGGUGUACCACUCCGGUAUGCCGUGGGCUUUAGAUAUAGCGCGACAGCACGGCAUAGAUGGAGCUCCAUUCUUCACAAACUCAUCUUCAGUCGUAGCCAUCUACGAACACUUCCUUCAAGGAGCACUAAAGAUUCCCUCAGAAAAUGAUCGGUCCACUACAACAUUAUCACUGCCUUCUAUGCCACCUCUAGGUUUCGCUGAUCUACCCUCAUUUCUUUGUGAUGUUGACUCCUACCCAGCUUAUCUUGAACUUACUCUCAGUCAAUACUCCAAUAUCGGAACACUAAAAUGGCUCUUCAUUUGCACUUUUGAAAAGUUGGAAGAGGAGGUAGUGAAAUGGAUGAUAAAUCAAGAGUGGCCGGUCAGGACCAUAGGACCAACGGUUCCAUCUAUGUUUUUGGACAAACGGUUGGAGGAUGACAAGGAAUAUAGCCUCAGUAUGUUCAAACCUAAUGUGGAGACUUAUAUGGAGUGGCUAGACUCUAGAGAAUCUAGCUCCGUCGUUUAUGCAUCAUUUGGAAGCUUGGCCAAUCUCAAAAAGGAGCAGAUAGAGGAGCUAGCAUGGGGACUGAGGGAUAUGAACUACAACUUCAUGUGGGCAGUUAGAGAAUCAGAAAUGGAAAAACUUCCUGGUAAUUUCUUAGAGGAGACAUCAGAGAAGGGUUUGGUUGUGAACUGGUGCCCUCAGCUACAAGUUUUGGCUCACAAAGCUGUGCGAUGCUUUGUUACUCAUUGCGGAUGGAAUUCCGUUCUCGAAGCAUUGAGCUUUGGAGUACCGAUGGUGACAAUGCCACAUUGGGCUGAUCAAGCAACUAAUGCCAAAUUUGUUGAGGAUGUAUGGAAAGCAGGAGUCAGAGUGAAGAAGAAUGAGAAGGGUAUUGCUACAAAACAAGAAAUAGCAAAGUGUAUUAAGCAAGUUAUGGAAGAGGAGAAAGGGAUGAAGAUGAGAAAAGCUUCAUUAAGGUGGAAAGAACUAGCUAAAGAGGCAGUCGAUGAAGGGGGUAGUUCUGAUAAGAACAUUGAAGAAUUUGUUGCAGAAGUUAAGUUAAUUUGAUUCACUUUGUAAUUUUUCUUUUAUCAAAUAAGGAAUUAGGUGAUAUUAGCUCAUCAAAGGUAAACUUGUCUCACCUUAAAUUCCAAAAGUGAGGAUGCAAUAUAUGUAUAUAUAUGCAACUAUCUAUAUUGAA